ACGCCAAUUUUGAAUGUCAUUGGACUAACCGAAAAAAAUCAUUCGUAUUUCAACGGUGGUAUACAAUUGUCCCUUAUUAUAAAUGAUUUUUGUGUGAGAAUACUAACAAUUCCUAAAUCGAAUCCAAUCAUGGCAACCGGUUUCUCGUUUGCCGAUGAUCCGCAGAUGUCAGUGCGCGAAAAAAUUGAACGAUAUUUUCAACAGAAGAACAAAACUACCAUGAAUACCGUUUCUGUUCUUGAUGAAUCGACUUCGGAUGAAUCUUUAGUUGAUUCGUUCAGCCGCCUGGACGAAAGUUUUGCCAAUAUUUUGAUCAACAAUCCGCACGUAACUUUGAUCCGGAACUCAAAAAAAGGGAACACGACACAAACGCAACCAACACAAACCGAAAAGGAUGACGAAGGACUGAGCGACGAAACGUUCCACGAAUAUUAUCAUCCACAGACGCCUCAGCCGACUCGUCGUGGUCAAGUAAUAUGCCCGAUUGGCAAUGCCGACUCCAACGAAAAGUCUUACCCAUUCAUGUGGCAAGUUUCCGAUGAAAGUUUUUUGGAAAUGGAGAAACUCUGCGAAUCACCACGAAAAAGCGACGAAAGUUUUCUGGAAAUGGAGCAACUCUGCGAAUCACCUCAAAACAAUGUCAAUGACACAACCCUACUUGAUGACGUUGAAGCGCCAUCGUUUCUUGUUCACGAUUCCGACUCCGACGAUUCAGUUUUUGAGCCGGUUCGCAAGCCUGUAUCGAUUAUGUCACCGAUCAAACUAGUCGGACUGAGACGUCCGUCUACCAUACUGGAAGAGUCUUCCAUCCGAAGUCUUAAUUCGAGUGAGGAGCGAAGCAGUAAUUCGUUGUCACUGAGAGAGAGUGUGAACGUUGCCAAGGAAUCCAGCAAACCGGACAAAACACGUUCGUACCGGCCCAGCGUCGCAAACGUCUUCCCAACGAUGAAGGGACGCAUCGGUUUCUAUGACAAUUUCGACUCUCCAUCAACGCGAUCAUCCAGCAAGUCAGCGGUCACGCAAAGUAGUGGAAAGGAAAAUUCGAUAAAUUUAAUGAGAUUCGACAGUAUCGAGAAUGAUCUUCCAUCGGCAAGUUCAGCAACGCCAGCAACCGGCAACAAUUCAGUAUCGUUGAUUCGAUUCGACAGUAGCGUCGACGAAGCUUCAUUUUCCAAUCUGUCUGUUGAUCAGGCUGAAUUAAAUUCUUCGAUGUCCGAUGGUGAGCCACCCGAUCAGUUCAACGAUACGUUGGAGGCGGUCGAUUAUUAUAUGAAGCAAGGAAAGAAAAUUAUGGAUAAAACUGGCGCUUCGACGACGUUCUAUCGAGAGCAACAGGCGGUUCCGUCACCGAAGAGUCGAAAUAAUUCCCUUUUGAAGCAAGCGUUGGCACGAAGAACGUUGCUGAGCAUGAAUGGUGAUAAUUUGAAUAAGUUAGCAAACAAGAAACUUUUUUAAGAUUUUUUUUUAUAUUUUGAAUUUCUAUUUUUUGUCCCCUCUUUGAUGUAAAAUACAAUUGUAGUGAUGGUAAAUGACGAAAAAU